AAGAAAAUCAGAUAAACAUUCAGCUCUGUUACUCUUGUCCGAUCAUUUUAUCAUCUCUCCCCCCCUCUUCUCUUCAAUUUUAGGGUCGAGGACCCUUUUGUAAAUGGAGAAUAACGGCCAAGCGGCAGGUAGUGGUCCUCCUCCAAAGCCAUGGGAAAGAGCAGGAUCUUCUUCUGGACCUGCACCGUUUAGGCCAGCCUCUGCUGGAAAUACGAGCGAAGUCGUAGAAGCUUCUGGGACGGCUCAACCUGGUGAAGUUGUUUCGACAACCAAUACAAAUGUUAACAGAAAUACAGUUAAUUCAGUCGGCCGUCCAGUCCCUACCAGGCCUUGGGAGCAGCAACAGACAUAUGGGAGCACUUAUGGAGGUUAUGGUGCAGGUGUGAACUCUGGAUAUGGAGGUGGGAUGUAUGGUUCUUCAUAUGGGGGACUUGGUGGGGGUAUGUAUGGUGGUGGGAUGUAUGGGAAUAGUAUGUAUAGAGGGGGUUACAGUGGACUUUAUGGGGGCAGUAGCACGUACGGUGGAGGCAUGUAUGGCGGAGGAAUGUAUGGUGGUGGUUUAGGGGGUGGUUUGGGAGGUCCCGUGGGGGGAUAUGGAAUGGGCAUGGGGGGGCCUUAUGGUGAGCAGGAUCCAAACAAUCCCUAUGGACAACCUUCUCAACCACCAGGUUUCUGGAUUUCGCUAAUGCGAGUGAUGCAAGGAGUAGUUAAUUUCUUUGGGAGGGUGGCAAUUCUGAUUGACCAGAAUACUCAAGCUUUCCAUAUGUUCAUGUCUGCCCUUCUUCAGCUAUUUGAUAGGUCCGGAAUGCUAUAUGGAGAGCUUGCAAGAUUUGUUCUUAGAAUAUUAGGAGUCCGAACAAAACCCAAGAGAGUCCACUCACCAGGCGCUGAAGGUUUACCGGGACCUCACAACAUGCCAGGAAAUCCGAACUACAUCGAGGGCCCCAAGGCCGCACCAAGUGGUGGUUGGGAUAGCGUAUGGGGUGAUGCUAGGUAAUGCAUCUAUGUAAGUAUACAAAGUUGUGGAGUAAAAUUCUCUCCUAUAAAGACACUGUUCAGCUUCUAAGCUGCAUCUCAUAUCUCAAGCGGCGGAGCCUGUUCAGUUUCUAUAGUGAUAUCUGAAAAUUUGUUUUUUCUUGACCAUGUAACACUCUUCAAUUUCACUGUGAUCAGAUUGUUCGCAAACUAUGUUUGAGUUCUAUUUUUUUGGAGGGUUAAUGUAGCAAAAGUUGAAGAUU